AUGUCCGGGAAUAUGACUGCCUCUCAGUCCGCGGCCGUCGUUGAGGAUCUGAGACUCAUAGCCGAUGCCCGUGUCUUUCCCAUUCUUUUGGAAACCGCCCUGUUCGCUUUCUUCACCGUCCUUACCAUCUAUUUUGUCUGGCAACGAUGGAACCAUAGCACACAUAGGCCCUUAGUCAAGCCUAUGCUUUCCUUGGCGAUGUGUCUCUAUACACUAGCCGCCGCAUCCUGGACUAUCGACAUACGCAUACUCUGGACGGAGAUGUAUGUGCUUCUACCUCAGCAACUCACUGCACCCGAUCCUCCCAACUUCAGUUCGGAGCUAUCAAACUACAAUGGGGCGCUGCUACUCGCGCAGGCAGUACUCCUUAGGCUAAUCUGGUUCAUCAGUGACUGUAUAUCGCUGUGGCGAGCAUAUGCCAUACUUGGACGGCCUAUCUGGCUUCUGGUCCUAUCGUAUGUUUUGGUGCUCCUCGAGGCAGGGAUCUACGUUUUUGAUAUCGUCCUCAUAUCUGCGACAAGGCUUCCCAAUCCUCCGGCAUCGCUGGCUCGUUUGAUAGCGCAGCAUAGUCAACCGGUUACAUUGAUUCAGUCCAUCGCCACUUCUCUCACAGCCGCGGUGCUAGUGCUAUCGACAUUUCUCAUCGGGUACAGGGCAUGGCUUCAUCGUCUAGAGAUCCGCGACUACGUUCAAAAGUACGAGUUCAGUCGCAGUUUGGCCAUGCUCGCCAUUCUAGUCGAAACGGGAGUGGUAUAUACAUCCCUUUGGGUCGUAUACGCCGUCUAUAACGACGUUCCCACCCUCGACAACUCCUUGGGCUUCUGGUGGUCAACAUUCUACAUGGCUCCACUAUCCGCCAUGUACCCCACUCUCGUGGUAGUUAUCGUUACGAUACGGCGAUCCGUGCUGGAAUACACGCUGAACGCGUCGUCGCUACCCACGAACGUCGCGCUUGCGCUCGGAGUCGUUGAUGGUCCGACAACAGAGUCAGGAGGCUCCAACACUAUGACUGGGCAUAUGGCGCAUGCAGAAGACGAAAAGCGCAUCUCGCAAGAUACGCAUAGGACUGAGAUCGUUACCCAGGUGGUGCCUUACCGAGAAACAGUAUAG